GUAGCUGUGGCCAGGUAAGCAGAGGCAGGAGGGCCGUCGCCCACCGUCUGGAUGCACUUUCCGUUGCAGGGAAGUCCGUUUCCUGCGGGGACCCCAAAUACCAGUUAUUGUCCUUGCAAAACUAAACCACGAUCGCUUCAUAAAUCAGCUUUUCCAAACCGGUUCUCCCUUCAGUGUUUUAUAUUAUGGCUUUUAAAGAGAAAACAGAAGAACAACCUUUCACAGAUAUCUUUAAUGAAGAUGAAACCGAGAGAAACUUUUUGUUGUCCAAACCUGUUUGCUUUCUUGUAUUUGGAAAACCAGGAUGUGGGAAGACAACAUUAGCGCGUAACAUAGCACAGAUUUGGAAAUGUAUUCGUGUUGAAGCUCUCUCGAUUCUGGAGGAACACAUUGCCGCCGACACCGAAACGGGAACAAUGCUGCAGUCGCUGCUGCUGAGCGGUCAGAGCAUCCCGGACGAGCUGAUCGUCAAGCUGAUCCUGGAGAAGCUCAAGUCUCCAGAAGUCUCUCACUUCGGUUAUAUCAUCACUGAAAUACCGUCACUCUCACUAGAUUCUACGAACACUUUCAAGCAAAUAGAGCUCAUUAAAAAUUUAGAAUUGCAACCCGAUAUCAUAAUCAAUAUUAAGUGUGGCGACUACGAUUUGUGCCAAAGAAUUUCUGGGCAAAGACAGCACAGUGCUACAGGCUACGUAUACACCAGAGAGCAGUGGGACCCUGAAAUCAUUGGGAGCCGCAAGAAAAAGAAGCGGGAGCCCACCAAAGAAGGAAAACCUGAAGAGGAAGAAGAGGAAGAAGAGCAAGAGGAGGAGGAGGCAUUUCUGGCUGAAAUGCAGGUGGUGGCCGAGGUUCUUCAACACCUCGUUCAGAGGCCUGAGGACUUUCUGGAUAACGUUGAAAACUCCAUGAAGCUCUACAAAGACACGCUUCUCCGUGCUUUAGAGGAGCUCAUGGCGGAGCACAACCCCCAGUAUCUCCUCGAGCUGGACGGGAACAAGUCACCGGAGGAGCAGUACCAGACAGUUAUAGAAAAGCUGAAAUACUUGAAUAUGAAACGAGGAGCCAUCAUAACCAAGCUUCAGAGCACAGAAGAAGAAAUGAAUGACAUAGCUGACACUGAGGAGCUGUUCCGGACGCUCGCGUCCUACAAACUCAUUGGGCCAAGGUACAGAUGGCACCGAAGCAAGUGGGGGCGUGCUUGCCCCGUGUCCUUAAAGGAUGGGAACGUUUAUCCCGGAACAGCAGAUUUUUCUGUGAGUUUUCUAGGUAAAAUGUACUGCCUUUCUUCCGAGGAAACAUUGAGGUGGUUUUCAACGAACCCCCGUCUCUACCUCCUGCCACCCAUGCCCAUCCCACCAUGUAAGCUCUUCGUAUUCGGCCCCAGGUACGCUGGGAAGACAACGCUGAGCAACCUCCUUGCAGAGUACUUCAAAGGAAAGGUAAUUGACUAUGCCAAACUUGUUCAACCACGUUUUGAUGAAGCUCGUGAAAAACUAAUAAAAGACACCAUAACUGAUGCCACCAACACAGCUAUCAGAGUUGUGAAGGAGAGGCUUAUGGCCGAUCAGAAAGCCAGAAAGCACGAGGAGAAAACCUUAAGGGAGAGGAAACGUGACCCCUCGGAGUUUAAAGUACUUAAAAGUACCGAGGAGUUCCCGUCUUCUGCGGAUGUCGGAGGCCCUGCAGACCGCACCUUGGAAGACAAGGAAAAACCCGAGAGCGCCCAUGCUGUGGAGAGUGUCUCCACAGAAGAGUCAAUAGAAGAGGUGACCGGAAACCACCCCGACGUGCUGCUCCUGCUAGAGGACACCCUGAAACAGGCCAAGGAAUUGAACUUCGAGCAGCCGUAUGAUAAACAGGCUGAGAUUCUAGAGGACGUCAUCAAAGAGGUGACAAAAGAUAACAAGAAUAGGUUUCCUGGAGCCCCAAAAUACGGAGGAUGGAUCUUGGAUAACUGCCCACUUAAUCGAGAUCUGUGGCUGGCCAUCAUUGAAAAAGGAAUUGGUCCUGAUUUGGUUAUCUUUUUAUCAGAGGGAGACGGCCCUGGAAAAUGUUUACUAAACAGAAUGUACUUAAAUAAUAAGAAGGAAAUCGAUGCUAAGAUUUUAGAAAGAUUGCUACAGGAACUUAAACUGAAAAACCUGGAAGAGGAGGAAAGACGAAAAUCCAAAGACGAGGAACUAAGACUAGAAGAAGAACACGAAGAACGCACGAUGGGAGUAAAGGCCAAGAAAGCAAAAGAUUUCGACCCCGAAAAUGAAGGUGAGGAGGAGGAUGCCGAGGAUUUUGAAGGCCGUGAAGAGUCUGAGGCUUCUGAAGUGCAUGACUAUACCAGAGGGUCUGAAACAUCUGAAGCAGAGAACGAGCCUGAAGCAGGCUCUGAGGACAAUGUAGCAGACGCAGAAACAGAUGCAUAUAAGGAGGGCAAGGAGGGCCUGAAACCUGAAGAAGCAGUUUUGCUGCCGGAGUUUCCGGAAGAUGGUUAUCCUAACGUGCCUGAGAUGGAUACCCUGAGAGAGGAGCUGAAUAAUUACCUUGGCAUGUGGAAGACCCUGGAGACGCAUAUCAUUGACAGUUUCAUUCAGAUACUAGCACUGGAUAUUACCAACAAAACAGCAAAGGACCUGUUUCAGAAAGUAGUCAAUACUAUGGAGAGACCUUUUCAGUAUGCAGCAACAGAAUUAAAUAUUGAAGAUUAUGAUGAAGAAGCAGAGGACUACCAGGCUGAAUUGGAAGUUGACGAGGAGCAGGAAGAGGAGGAAGAGGAAGAGGAAGAGGGUGAAGAAAAAAUCAAAGAGAAAAGGAGGCACAUGGGAGACACAAAACACUUCUGCCCAGUGGUUCUCAAAGAAAACUUUGUUCUGCAACCAGGCAAUGUAGAGGAGGCUGUUAAAUACCGAGAGAAGAUAUACUACUUUUCAUCACCUGAGGCUAAGGAAAAGUUUAUAGAGCACCCUGAGGACUACGUGGCCCAGAAUGAACCAUUAAAGGCUCCUCCGAUAAGGAUAUGUCUUAUAGGUCACCAUGGUGCUGGCAAAACUUUAUGUGGAAGAAAGCUGGCACAGAACUUCAGCAUUUUUCACAUUCAAUUCGAAGAAUUUCUCCAAGAAAAAUUAAUGCUCAAGGCCGAAAGGAAAUUUGGACCUGAAUUUGAGGACGAUUCCGAGGAGGAGCAAGCAGCAAAGCAAGAAUUUGAAGAGCUUGCAGCUCAGGCAAACAUGAAGAUUGAAGAAGAAAGUGCAAAGAGGCAGCUUCCAGAAAUACAAUUCACAGAAGAAGAAGAAGCAAUCAAGAUGAGCCUAAUGGAGAAUGAGCCCCUGCCUCCAGAAGUUCUAGACUCCAUACUGUCUGAGUGGUGGUUUAAAGAACCAAUACGCUCCACAGGCUUUAUCCUGGAUGGUUUCCCUCGGUUCCCCGAGGAGGCUCUAUUUCUAGGAGAGCGCGGAUUUUUCCCAGAUGCUGCCGUCGUAAUACAAGUUGAAGAUCAAGAUAUCUUUGAUCGCCUCCUUCCGGCACAAGUUCAGAAGUGGAAGUUGAAACAGCAAAAGAAAUUGGAAAGGAAAAAACUCAUCAAAGACAUGAAGACAAAAAUCAAGGACGAUAUGAUUGCUAAAAGGAGAGCUGAACUUCUCUCAGAGAGAGAGAGAAAAAAGAAAGCGGAGGGGACUAACAAAGAAGAGGAGGACUUUAGCGACGAGGAUCAUGAUGAAGAGGAGGAUAUCGAAAACAUCCUUGAGGAAGAGUUUCCAAAAGACGAGGAAGAGAUGAGCGAAGAAGACGAGGAACAGGAAGGAGACGCAACUGAUCGCCUGAGAACCGAACUGGGGGAAAAGUUUGAAACAGACAACAAUAAUCUACAGCUGAUACAGGACGAAUUCGAGAAGUUUCUGAUACCAUUAAUUACAGUUAACGGAGCUAGGAAAAUUCAUAUUGUCCAAUAUAUAUUGAAUUUGAAACUGAAGCCGCUGGUGGAAAAUCGUGCCAGCAUUUUUGAAAAGUGUUACCCAGUGACACCACACCUUGCUGAUAAAAUGCUCAACUUUACCUACAAGUACCUGAGCUCAUUUGGCUACUGGGACCCUGUAAAGCUAAGUGAAGGAGAAACAAUCAAGCCUGUGGAUAAUGCAGAUAAGCCACUCAGCCCUCUAAUUCAUCGUCAGUAUAUUUACUUUUUCUCUAGUAAAAAAACUAGAGAAAAAUUCAUGACGAACCCAAUCAAGUAUAUCCGGCAACCCAAACCCAAAUCUACCAUGCCUGUGAAGAUUAUGAUUGUGGGGCCUCCCAAGUCAGGGAAAACUACAGUUGCCAAAAAGCUUGCAAGUGAAUAUGGCUUCAAGCGCUUGUCAGUCGGAGAUGCCUUGCGUGGGCUGUUGAGCAAUCACCCAGAAACGGAGCUGUCACUUAUGAUCAACUGGCACCUUCACAAAGGCAUGAUGGUGCCAGACGAACUGGCGGUUCAAGCUUUAGAUAUUGCCCUGAUGGAUACUUCGUGCAACACUGUAGGUGUGGUCAUCGACGGCUACCCUUUAACAGCAAAGCAGAUGAACCUCUUGGAGACUCGGACCAUCAUUCCCAUGAUCAUCUUUGAGCUGGACGUGCCGAGCAAGGAGAUUUUCAAAAGGUUGCUCUUGGAGAGGAAGAGUGAGCAAAGUUUGCCUUAUCCAGUGCACAACAGCACACAGAUCAUAGCGUUCAAGAAUUCGAAGUACCGUAAAAAUGUCGACGAGAUCAGGAAGUUUUACCAAGAGCAGCAUCAAAACUGGCACGUGAUUGACGGGUUUCAUAGUAAAUGGUGGGUAUGGAAUGAAGUCAUCAAAGACAUCCAGCAGAUGAACAGGUACAUACAGACAUACAUGGAAAGGAUAAAGGAAGGGAAAGCCGCUUGCAUUGACAAAUUAUGUAUCACGCCUGAAGAGCUGAUUUCUCGCCUGGGAGAGUUUGGACAGUUCUGCCCUGUCAGCCUAGCAGAAUCUAACGAAUUAAUUGAUUGUUCCAUAACUAGCAGCUUGGAGUUUGCAGCAGAGUUCAGGGGACAUUAUUAUAAAAUGAGUUCUCUGGAAAAUCUGAAUAAAUUCCUGAAGACCCCGGAAGCGUACGUGCCUCCCUUGGCACCAAAUCCACUCCCGGCUCCUGACAUGAUUCCCAAAAGGCUGACCCUGUCAGAGCUGAAGAGUCGUUUUCCAAAGUGCGCGGAACUGAAGGGCUACUGCCCAGUAACUUACCAGGAUGGAAAUCAAAGAUACGAAGCACUCAAGCCUGGUAACAUUCAGUAUGCUGUAGAGUAUCGUGAUCGGAUAUACAUUUUUGAGAGUGAAGAAAAACUCCAGAAAUUCAUGAGGUUGCCAACGCAGUACUGGGACCAGAAGCUCCCGUACAAACUGCCCCCGCUAAAGGAGACCAUCCACCUCACAAGCCUCCCUCUGCCUGGGUAUCUGGAACAGGGCACAGCCACUUCCCUGAUCAAAGCCUUGAACGCAGCGGGAAACCUGAAACCCAAGCUCCCCUUCUUGAGUGUGAGGAGGUCUGUCCUCCUCUAUAUAGCGUUUCAUCUCAAAGCAUUUAAUCCCAAAGCUUCUGAAUAUUCAAGAAAAAAAUACAAGAAGAAGAUGGAGCAGUUUGUGGAAAGAUGUGAACUCAUAACAUACCUCAGUUCCAAGAUGACCCGGAAGUACAAGGAGCCUCAGUUUAGAGCCAUUGACUUCGAUCAUAAGCUACAGAUCUUUUUGUCCCUGAGAAACACAGACCCAAUUAACGGGUAGCUUGCUUAGGUUAUGGAGACCCAAAUCCCAAAAGCCUCCAAGAGACAGAGGAAACUGAGGAAGCAGAAUUAAAAUCUUCAAUUUCUGAAAUGUGUUUCCCUCCUGCUUGACAUCGUAUAGUUACUAGACCUCAGAUGGACUUGAAGGCCUACCCAGGAAAGGUCAUGCUCUGAGUGCCUAAGUAUUGACACAGUUUUCAAGUUCAUGGCUUUUCUCUGAAUUUUGAUGCUCUCACAAAAUAGGCAUUCCAUGUGAGAUAU